AUGGCUGCUCUGCUCCCUGGGUUCAGGGGUCUGCGGGCCGAGACCUUAGCCAGAGCUAGCGCGGCUGCGCGCCUGCUCCCUGCGCCUGAGGUCGAGCACAGCAGCCAGGUCUUGUUUGAAGGAGUAACUCUCUUCCCACUGACAAGAUGCGCCCCACACUGGCUUGGGCAGACAGAGGGCGGACCGGCCCCUCUUCAGGCGGCGCCGGGGGCCUGGCGGAGGUGGCCCGGGGGUCGGGGUCGCCGUCCCCCCGCGCUGGCCCAGGCGAGCUCCCGGGGCGGCCGCAGGGCCGCGGCCUCCACCUCCGCUGCCCCGGCCUCCCCGCAGCGCCGGGCCGCUGCCCCCGGGGACGGGAAGGUCCCCCCAGCUCCCCCCAGCUCCCCGCCGUUCGCUCCCGGGUCACCCCCGCUGCCCCCGGGGACGGGAAGGUCCCCCCCCCCGCUCCCCGCCGUUCGCUCCCGGGUCACCCCCGCUGCCCCCGGGGACGGGAAGGUCCCCCCCGCUCCCCGCCGUUCGCUCCCGGGUCACCCCCGCUGCCCCCGGGGACGGGAAGGUCCCCCCCGCUCCCCGCCGUUCGCUCCCGGGUCACCCCCGCUGCCCCCGGGGACGGGAAGGUCCCCCCCGCUCCCCGCCGUCCGCUCCCGGGUCACCCCCGCUGCCCCCGGGGACGGGAGGGUCCCCCCGCUCCCUGCUGUUCGCUCCCGGGUCACCCCCGCUGCCCCCGGGGACGGGAAGGUCCCCCCAGCUCCCCGCCGUUCGCUCCCGGGUCACCCCCGCGGCCCCCGGGGACGGGAAGGUCCCCCCAGCUCCCUGCCGUUCGCUCCCGGGGACGGGAAGGUCCCCCCAGCUCCCUGCUGUUCGCUCCCGGGUCACCCCCGCUGCCCCCGGGGACGGGAAGGUCCGCCCCGCUCCCCGCCGUCCGCUCCCGGGUCACCCCCGCUGCCCCCCGGGGACGGGAAGGUCCCCCCCGCUCCCCGCCGUUCGCUCCCGGGUCACCCGUCCACUCCUGCAGGCCGUCCCUGA